AUGCCAAAUAAUGUUGCAGAUGAAGAAUCUGGUGAUGGUGUUAGGAAUAUGAACACAACUGCAUUUCCUGUGAUUUAUCACAAUCACCCUCUCUUCCUGCAGCCAACAGAUACUCCAGAUAGCUCCUUAAUUUCUCUGCAAUUGACAAGAUCAGAGAACUAUACUCUAUGGAGUAGAUCAUUUAGAAUUGGUUUGGUAGGUCGAAGUAAGAUAGGAUUUGCAGAUGGAAGGUUUUCUAAGUCUAAGUUUGAGCCAGAACUACAUGAUCAAUGGGAAAAAUGUAAUGCAAUAGUUUUAUCAUGGAUUAUGAAUGUUGUUCGACCUGGUCUUCUUAGUUCAGUUAUCUAUGCAUCUGAUACACGAAAGGUGUAG